AUCGUCUCUGAUUGGUUUCUGGUUCAUAUCAUCAAGCGACUGGAAUUGAAGAACAAAUUCAGCUGAUCAAUUCGAUUCGUUAUGUUCAUGAAAUCAUGGAAUCUAACGAAGUAAUCGCACCUUUCGUUAUGAAGACGUAUCAGAUGGUCAACGAUUCUUCUUUGGAUAAUCUAAUCCGGUGGGGAACCUCCAACAAUAGCUUCAUCGUCGUUGAUUCUUUAGAUUUCUCUCAACGCCUCUUACCUGCUUACUUCAAACACAAUAAUUUCUCAAGCUUCAUUCGCCAACUCAAUACUUACGGAUUCAGAAAAGUGGAUCCAGAUCGAUGGGAGUUUGCGAACGAAUGGUUUUUAAGAGGACAGGUGCAUUUACUGAAGAACAUUGAAAGGAAGAGGCAAGUUAAUAGCAGUAGGGGGAAAUAUACAGCGAAUUCGCGAGGGGAUGAUGAAGGUGAAGAGGAGAUGGUUAUGGAGAUUGCGAGGUUAAAACAGGAACAGAAGGCACUAGAAGAGGAGCUCAUCGGAAUGAACAAACGACUCGAGGCGACGGAGCGACGGCCGGAGCAAAUGAUGGCGUUACUUUGUAAAGUAGCUGAAGAUCCAGAGAUUUUGCCACGUAUGAUGCUCGAGAAGGUUCAGCGAUCUAAACGGCUGGUGGAUAAAAAGAGACAACGGCGGUUAAUCACUCCUCCUCCGCCGUUUCCGUCGUCGUCGUCGUCGAGUUUCGAGAUAUCGAAUUCGAUUAAGCGUGAGGAGGAUGAGUGUUACCAAAUGGCAAAAGGAAGCAUAGUUUUAUCACCGGAAGGAUAUUGCAGUAACGAACCGUUAUGGAGGUCUUCGCCGUCUCCGGUUACACCGUCGACGACGGUUUGGCCGUGGAAUAAGGACACUUGUGGCCGCCUCGGCGUCGACGAUGAUGGUGGUGGUUUCUCCAUGGAAUUGGAGCCGAUUAACGGAAUUAACAGGUACGCAUACAAUACCGGUGGUGGUGGCGGCGGCGGUGGUAAUACACUUUUCUUCGGCGACGGAUCCGGCGAUCCGGAUGUUAGACCACCACCGCCGUAUCCAUUUUCCCUCCUCGGCGGCGGUUUAUAAAUUUAGUUUUAUCUGUUAUUUUUCAAUAUUUAGUAAUAUGAAUCUAUCAUAUUCCGUAUUUUCGUAUAGUUCUA